AUGGGAAAAUGUAAUAUGAACCCAUUGUAUGUAAUCAGAAGAGAUACUGAUUUAAGUAGCAUUUACUGGUGCAACUUUAUUGUGGAUUGUUUGAUAAGAACGAAGAAGGUUUACAACCCAGAUAAAGAAUCAUCCUUCUUUUAUGGACCAGCAACAUACCUUAUGAUUAAUGAACCAUAUGCUGAAGAAGAAUGUCAAGAAUCUAAUGACGAUAAGGAGGAAUCUGAUGGUGAUGAAGAUUUAUCUGAUGACGAUGAAGAAGAAUUUGAUGUUAAUCAAGUUAGUGUUGUGGAGAUAAGUGAGGAUUUGAGAAAUGAGCUUGUUGUAAAAUUAAAUGAUGGAGUGUUAAAGUUUCCUGAAAGGAAAGGUGGUGGUGUUGAAGAUGUCAAUGAUACUGCACUUGAGGGCCAAAAUGACAAAAAUGAUUCUCAAGGUAAAGUUGAUGGUCCUGAAGGUGAUGUUAAUGAACAUGCUCAUGAGGAACAUAUUAGUAAAAUUAAUGAUUUGUUGAAUGAGAAGGAUGAUGAUAAAAAUUACGAUGUUGUUGGUAAGGGAAAUUUUGGUAAUGAAGAUGAUGAACAAGGAAAUACUAGUGGAUUCAAUGAAGAAGAGGUCAUGAAUUUGAAUUCGAUUGUUGAAAAUGUUGUUAAGCGUGUUGGUCAAGUUGAUGGUGAUGUUAAUGAUAUUUACGAAGGUCUAAGUUUUAGACAAUUCAUGCGUGACCCAAUUGUUGAAAAUUUUCUUAAUCAUUUGGAUCAAGGUAAUGAGAAUUUGGUUGAGUGUGGAACUAUAAAUUUGGUUGAGGAUGAUAAAAACAAAGAAGGAAUUUUAGAUGAUACAGUUGAUAAAGUUAUUGGAGAAAAGAAGAAAGAAGAUGAAUUAAUUGCUCCAACAUUGGUUAAAGUUUGUGCCGAAGGUGAAGUUGAAAAUUCUAAAGCAAAUAAUGAUGGAGUAGGUGUGGUAGAAUGUGAAGCUUUCAAGUUGAUACGGAUUUUGGAAAAAAGGUAG